ACAUACAUACAUAUGUUGUUACGUUUAGUUUUGAAAAUUUUAAAGACAUUGUUAAUUCCAUGACGACAUGGAAUAAAUGCAAAUUCUAUAAACAAAUCAAACGGAAAUGGACUAGAAUCGGUUAAAGUAUAAUGUAAACCCACGAAAUCCGAGAUCCAGGAAUUAGUGGACGUGAGCAAAAAAAAAAAAAGAAAUACUUGGAACAAAAGCAAUAAAAAAAAAAGAAAUACUUGUAACAAAAGCAAUAAAAAGGCAAUUAAGUGUAUUUCCAUGCGUGUGUAAACAAGCUCCAAAGCAAUAACAACAACGCAAAAAGCGUUUCGGCACAAUCGCACAACAACAGCAACAACUAAUAAAAGCAAACAUAUCUGUGCACGGAGCAAUAACCGCUGCAAAGUAGCCGAUUUGUGGGUGGUAAAGUGUAAAAGAACCGCGUCUGCUGAAUAAAGUGAUUGGUAGGGUCGAACUGUAACUGUUGGAAAAUAUAAGUAAACACUGCCAAAAACGUUUUAUUUAUACCUAAAACAGGUGCACAUCAAGCAACGACAGCAAUAGUAGCUGAAAUAAGCAGACUUAAGUGGAAUCACAAUUGCACAACGCGUCGCUCACCGGCUGCGUUAGCGGAUGCAUCAACACAUCAGAGGGCAACGAACUGUUGAUUGAAUAUAUUGAUUGCGCUAACUCCCAAGUUGCAAACAAUAAAUGAAAUGGCACUAUUAAAAUUAGCUAGGCAACUAGGCCUUGUUGAAACUAUAUAUGAAGAGAACGGUGCUGACAAGAACAAUGCAUUCAGUUACUUAAAUAAGCGAAAUAAGUCGCAAUUAUCAACUCAACGUUACAAAUAUCUAAUUUGCAUCGAUUUUGAAGCAACCUGCUGGGCGGAUCAAGCUCCACCACAAUGGCGUGAGUCCGAAGUAAUAGAAUUCCCCGCUAUUUUGGUGAAUGUGCAGACAGGUAAAAUUGAAGCCGAAUUCCAUAAAUAUGUCAUGCCAAUUGAAUCGCCGAAGCUGAGCGCUUACUGCAUCGAACUUACUGGCAUCAAACAACAAAUGGUCGAUAAUGGCAUGCCAUUACAAACGGCCAUCAUGAUGUUCCAAGAAUGGCUGCGCAAAGAAUUACGCGCACGAAAUUUACAACUGCCGAAAAUGUCCAAGGAUAAAAUGACUGGCAAUUGCGCGUUUGUCACCUGGACCGAUUGGGAUUUCGGUAUUUGCUUGGCGAAAGAGUGUCAGCGGAAAAGGCUGAAGAAACCUUCCUAUUUCGAUCAGUGGAUCGAUUUACGUGCCGUUUUCCGGGCGUGGUACAAAUAUAAGCCGUUAAACUUUGCCGAUGCCAUAACGCAUGUCGGGCUCACAUUUGAGGGGCGUCCACACUCCGGUCAAGAUGACGCACGCAAUUUGGCGGCGCUGGCGCAUAAGAUGACAUGUGAUGGCGCGCCACUGGCGAUAACCAAGGACCUCGCGCCAUUUCAACUCAACUCGAAUUGCAUGCUUUAAGCGUUGAGUGGCAAGCUGGUGGUGUAGAAAGUAUGAAGUUUUAUUUUAUUUUGUAUGCCUCUUUUUUAUGUUAUCCACUUAAAACGCUUGCAAUUUUUAGAAGACUUAAUGAAUUAUUAUUUAAAUGUUUCGUUUAUUUACAUAUUUUUUUGUUUGUAUAAGAAUUGUUAUUCUCGAUUAUUUAAAAUUCUGUGUGAUUUUGAAUAUAUGUUUUUUGGAAAAAUGUAAUAAAACGUUUACUAAUUAGACGAGAUUUGUACAUAUCUGCUUAAUUUU